AUGUACUUAAUUUUGACCAUAUCACCUGACUUUUUCAAUAUUAUUAAUUACAACACGAAACAGCUCUUUAAUCGAUUCUUCUAUAAAUACAGAAUUAUUAAUUGCAUGUUUCACUUAAGCAUAACUCAACAAAAGUCACAAAUAAUUUUCAAGAAAAACAAGAAUUAUUACUAGCUUUCAAGCUAUACCAUAUAUAAUUCUUCCUCUAAUGGCUUCAAAUAAUCACAAUUUUCUUAUCAUGUUGGCAUUAUUUGCCAUAACUUGUUCCAUUUCCUUGGCUUCUGAUCCUAAUCUCCUUCAAGAUUUUUGUGUCAGAGAUUCCAACAGCCCAGUUCUAGUGAAUGGGUUUGCAUGUAAGGAUCCAAAGCUGGUUGAUGCCAAUGAUUUCUUCUUCAGUGGGCUUAACAAGCCAGGAAAUACAUCAAACGUAAUUGGUUCGAAAGUGACUCUAGUAAACGUUGAAAAGAUUCCUGGGCUGAAUACAUUGGGCGUCUCAGUGGCACGUGUGGACUAUGAACCUUUGGGUCUCAACCCACCUCACACACAUCCUCGAGCCACUGAGCUGUUUACAGUUAUAAAAGGCACAUUCCAAGUUGGUUUUGUUACAUCAAACCCAGAAAAUCGUCUCAUUACAAAGAUACUUCAAGAGGGAGAUGUGUUUGCUUUCCCAAAGGGUUUGGUUCACUUCCAGAGAAAUAUUGGGCAUGGUAAGGGACUGGCUAUUUCUUCUUUGAGUAGCCAAAACCCUGGGAUUGUUACUAUUGCAAAUGCUGUGUUUGGAUCUAAUCCUGAUAUCCCUGCUGAUAUUCUAGCUAAGGCAUUUCAAAUGGAUAACAAUUUAGUUUUAAAUAUUCAGUCAAAGUUUUAGAUUACACAUUAUUAGUCUUUGGAUAUUUUUUUUAUGAUGAUUGGAAUUCUGUUUUUUGAUUUGGUGUAGUCAAACUGUGUUCUACAAUCAGUUAUUGUACUUUUUUAAAGUUUAUUUAUAAUAAUAUGAUUGCAUAAUAUAUAAUUAUAAUCAAGGGUGGAAUAAUUAUUU